CAGGACCUAGUUUAUUUCAGCUAACGUUGUCCGUACUCUGGAAAUGAAAAGUACCAGACUAACAUCGAGUUUGAGUGGAAGAAUUUGUAUUACAGGUGUCGUUUUGAUAUCGGUCAACACAUGGUUGAAGACUGUGCGGUGUCUGGAAUUGUCAAAGGGUGCUUGUAAAAUAUCAUUGGAUACUGUAUCACGCGUGUCCAAAUGCCCUACAAACAAAGGAGAAUAUGAAUAUGAGGCAAAGAGGAAGAACUGCAGUCAAUACAACAACGCGAUGUGUCCACCACUUUUGUAUCACUGUGUCUGGAAUGUCAAUACGACGGCUUUGGUCGAGGUGUGUGCGGCAUUACGGUAUAUUUCUAGUGGAAAAUGUGCGUCAUUCAAUACAGGAUAUCUCACCAUUCGCGAUAACUAUGCAAGAAACUGUUCCUACCUAACCCCUCCAUGUUCGCAGUUCUACAAUUCUACGGAGUCUUACAAAUACUCUGGAUGUUAUACAUUGGAUGAGAAUUCAAAACCUGUAACAGUGGGAUCUGACAUUGCAAAAAAGGAAGUGUUUCCGACCUGGGCUAUAGUUCUGUCCAUCAUAGGUUGUAUCGCACUCGUAGCAACUGUGGCAUGCACCAUUCACAGAUGUAGAUGCAAAAGAAACCAAAACAGAGCAAACCCGACAAAUUCUGAGGAUGAAGUCACUGAUGCCGAGAUGAAAAUACCUUGUGAUCCUAGAGAGAUACAAGGUCAUCAGUGCUGCCCUGGAUCAUUCUUUAAUCGGACUGCACAGGAGUGUCAAUUUUGUUCAGCAGGAUACACUGGUCUAAACUGCAGUGAGAGGUGUCCACCUGGGCUUUAUGGAGUGGAAUGUCAAACCGAAUGUCCAUUAGAGUGUAGCUUUAAUUGUGACCAUUCAACUGGGAAAUGUUCUGACCAUAUAGAAAAGCCUUUAAUAUCGAUGCUAGGAGAUGAACACAUUUCUAAUGAUAUCAAUCCCAACAGUACUCCCUUUGGAUCAUUGUCGAAAGAUCCAGCAAAUAGUGAGAACAAUAUCGUUGACACAUCAACUGGUAAUUCUCUUGUAAGACAAAACGACGGAUGUCCACCCGGAAUGUAUGGACUAGAAUGCCAAUCACAAUGUCCAAUGGAGUGUAGUCGUGAUUGUGACCACACGACAGGCAAUGGAUUCAUCCAUAAAGAGAGAGAGAACAAAAAUAGAGAAACAAGGUCACCAGUGCUACCCUGGAUUGAUCUUUAACCAACAUGUGCAGGAGUGUCAAAGCAAGAGAAAUGGUCUAAUGACAUUCAUGUGACAAACGUCUGAUGUCUGGGAAACUGAAUUCCAUUUUCAUAAAUUUCAUAACCUC